AUGAUUCCCACUGGUGAACAGACGAGCACUCCCGCUAGUGACAUCGUGACCACCGCAAUCGCGGUAGAACUGACUGCAAGCACAACUGCGGAAGAGCUGACUACCACACCUUUGACAUGCACUCGCACAAUUUUUAUCCAACCGGCUGUGCCUCACACCACAGCUCCCGUGGAGACUCCCAGCGACCAGAAUACUACCGUCAUCGGUUUGUGCUUGGUGCUGCGGCGUAUGCUGGAGUACAGUCUGGCACGUUCCCAAAUGUUCUCGGAGGUGGGGAGUUUGUCGGUGGAGGCGAAGCCGAAGGAGCGAGUGGAAGAAAACCGAGAACAGCUCCAGACCGUGACUUGUUCGCGUAACUCUUACAGUGUGUUGUAUACUCUUAAAAACCUGCCAGAAAAGCACAACGAGGAUCGUUGCCUACAUGGCAGCGACACCCGCUAA